AUGUCCGUACACCCCAAGUCACCGAAAAUCGGGGCAGGGCUCCAGAUUAUCCAGGACAAGGCGUCCGCAGACCCCCCAACGGCAAACAAGCCAGACACGGGCAAGUCUGUUUCCAAGGCCCUUGACUCCCCGCGCAUCGUCGAGACAGGCACGGGAGUCGACAAGAACAGACCGAGUCUGAGCAGACCCCCUUCGUUCCAGCGGUUCUCGGACGCUGCGCAGAAAGUGGGGGACUACUUCUCCAUGUCCAUGGCAAAUCUACACAGUGCGCAAUACCCCACCGACUCGCUCAGCUGCUCGCGCAGCAGCUCCACUGCGUCGCUCGGUAAGCUCAUCGAGACCCUGCACGGCCACAAGAAGAACACUAACCUGCCCCUGAGUCCGUCAAAGGACAAUCUGGCUUUUCUCAACAGGGCCCGGCGCAGCUCGUUGCGACUGGAAGAGCUCGACAGGCUCGAGGACACGCCGUCGCCCCUGCCACAGGUCAAGGAAACAAACUAUGUCAAGGUCGAGUACGACCCGAUCACGCGCAAGCGGAUCCUCAACACGUACGAGAUCCUCAAAGAUCUCGGUAGCGGCCAGCAUGGAAAGGUCAAGUUGGCCAAAGAUUUGCAUACAAACGAGCUCGUUGCCAUUAAGAUUGUCGACAGGGCGUCCAAGCCCAAGCUUGGCCGGCUCACGAGGCCCGGCUCGUCCCAGGAAGAUAAGAUCCGCCGCGAGAUCGCGAUCAUGAAGAAGUGCUCGCAUCCGCACGUUGUCAAGCUGCUCGAGGUGCUGGACGCAGAGAGCUCUCGCAAGAUCUACAUGGUGCUGGAGUACCUUGAGAAAGGCGAGAUCCAAUGGCAGAAGGACGACGACGAGACAGAUUGUCGGCCAGAGCCGCUGCUUUCGCUUUCGGAAGCGAAAAACGUGUUCAGAGACGUUGUCAGCGGACUGGAGUACCUGCACAACCAGGGAAUCAUCCACAGAGACAUCAAGCCGUCGAAUCUGCUGGUUUCCAAAGACUACGUGGUCAAGAUCUCGGACUUUGGAGUUUCCUUUGCUGCCAGUCUGGACGGCAACAACGAGCUCGAACUGGCCAAGACGGCCGGCACCCCGGCUUUUCUUGCGCCCGAGCUCUGCAACACCAACGGUUCGUGCGACAAAGUUACCUACAAGAUCGAUAUCUGGGCACUGGGCGUGACGCUUUACUGCCUCAUCUUUGGGUGUCUUCCUUUCAACGGCGAGACCGAAUUUGCACUAUUUGACAACAUAAACACUAAACCGCUCAGUUUUCCAGACACUUCGCAAUGGAAGUGCUCGCCACCAAUUCCCGACUAUGACCUUGCGCAGGUGACGGACCUGCUAGACCGUUUGCUUCAAAAAAACCCCGACCACCGGAUCGAGAUCGCCCAGAUCAAAGAGCACCCGUUCUUCCUGGAAGGUCUGUCGCGAGCACAGACCAGAAAGUACGUGUCCAACUGGAACAACGAGAUGAAGAUCGCCGUCAGCACCAAGGAGGUGGACGAGGCCGUGGUGGGGAUUGGCAACCGGAUCCGCAAGAAGAUCUCGGACGUGUUCAGGCUGACCGGCCUGGCCUCGCCAAAACCAAAGCAAUCGCUAUACGUGCAAUCGCUCAAGGGCCUGAUGACGCCGUCCGAGUCGGACUCGUCGUCGAACUCGUCCUCCAGCCAAACAGACCCCUCGUACCUGCUGUCCGAGUCACCGGGUUUCCCGCGCGGUGCGCUGAAGAACAGCAACUCGCUCUCGUCGCCGCUGAUCCAGACGAUCUCCAUGUCGCCGCCCAAGCUCGUGACGCGCAUGAGCGACUACCAAAGGGGGACGCGCAACUCGAUCGCGCUGUCAAUCGAGUCUGGCACAACAGAGUCGGAAACAAAACACAACGUGGACGCAGACUCGCUCAUAAUGCCCAACCACCGCGGCUCGUCUGCCAUGUCGCAGCUGUCAGAGAUCAUCAACACCAGAAGCAACCCGGACUCGUCGAACGUGCCAAUCACAGAGAGCGAGCUCACUCUCACCUCCGACGCAAGCGAGUCCGAGUCGAUCAACACAUCGCGCAGCUUCGAGCUCGAAGAGAAGCCCGAGCCACUGUCUGGCAACAAGACCUCCUUGCCCAUGGUGCCCAGCUUUGCUUCCCUCGACAGCUUCUAUGACAGCUCUGCUGCCUCCGCGUACGAGACCUCCAUAUACACGGGGAUCCCGUCGCAACGGAUGCCAACCACCCUCGGCAGCAGAAACACGUCGGGCGGCACGCUGGGCGCACAGCCGCGCACGUCGCCCGUGGCUACCAGAGCUCCCCCAAUAGGAGUUCCUCUGCACACGCUGGACUCGGCCAUUUCCGUGCCCGAGUCGCUGCGGCCAGACAUGGACUCAAUUUCUCCGGCCGUCACGCACGAGUCCACCAGCAGCAGGCGGAACCCAGCAGGCACUCUGGCCCAGGCCGCGCGCGAAAGACCGCGCCGCAACUCGCGCAAGGUGGUGUUCAACAACGAGUCCGAAAAUUCGUCUGCCGACGAGUCUGUGGCCAGUCGGCCUGUUGCUGCCCCUGUUGCUGCCCCUCGUCACCAUCUGUACGGCAAACGGCUGGCCACCGCGUCGGCUCAGCAGGAGUCCGAGUCCGAGUCAGACUCCGACUCCGACAACUCGGCAGAGCUCACGCUUUCGUUCGGCGCAAACAGAUCCAGACCAGCACAGCCACGGUCCACAAGCUUUGCCGGCCUUGCGUUUUCAGACACCAUCCACGACGUUCCUUUGAACCUCGUCCCUGCAGACCCGCAAACCGAACACCACCAGUUGAUUCCCGAGAUUGGCGGAAUCGACCUCAACAGCAAAUGA